AAUCAAUAUAAUACCGCGACUACACACGACGACGUUGACGGCGACGACGUUUGUGUAGGAUGCACGUACGCAUAUCGAGAGAGUGUGAGCAGGAAAGAGACAGAGUGUAUACGCCCUCGCGCGCGACCGAGCAAGACGUAUAACUUCGUGUUCAGCAUGUUCGUGUGUAAGUGCACGCGAGAAAGUUUUUCCCGCGCGCGCUCUCUGUAACGAUAUAGAAAGAGAGAGGGAGACGUGAUGUGCACUCGCGUUGUUUGUGUUUGUUGCGUGCGUAUAGCUGCGAUGGAUCGAUCACACACUGAGUGAUAUUUGAAUAGAGUAUAAUGUGGCUGCGAAGUGAACAUGUAAGUCGAAGGCUACGUGGCCGAUUGGGUUCUACUGCAUCUGCAUCCAAAAGCUCUGGUCGGCGAGUCCAAGGAGGUUUUGUACGCAAAGUACCAGCCAUCAACAACAGUAAUCAACGGGUACAUACUACAAGCAAAUGCGGUAGAUUAUCACGCUGGAGACGACGUUCGCCAAAUUUAUUAAAAGAAGCAUGUAAGGAAAACGUUUUGAACUAUGCAAAGUCGUCACCCAUUCGGAAUAAGGUACCUCGUCGACGAAAGUGUAUAAAGCGCUCAAUGGUCACAUCAACUCCACUAAAUCGCGUGAUACCAAAAGAUACAUUAAUUCCACCUAAAAAUACUGAUCUUUCAAAAGUAUCUGAAGAAUCCAAGGAAAAUUGGGAUUUAGAUACAAUACCACUUUAUUCUCCAUCACUUAAUAUUCCAGAAGGGAUUUGCUCUUCAACACCGGUUGAUAAUUUUAAUCUUCGACCGCCAUCUAUUAAUUCUAUAAGUGAUUACAUGCCCCAACCAACAGAAGCAAUCCAACCAGAUUUUUCAUACUUAUUAGAUGAGGAAGGAAAUAGACAUUCAGUUUCUCCAAUUUUAGAUUUACUCUCCCUACAUUAUUCAGCAAUUUGUACACCAAAUGACCAUUGCGAUGAACACUACAGUGUUAUGCACUCAACUUCAAUUUACAAUAGUCGUCUGACUUAUACUACCCAAAAAUACUACCUAAACGACGAUUCCUACAUCAACAAUAACGAGAAUAAUGAUGAUGUAUCGAAACUUCAGUAUACCAAUCUCGAGAGUGAUCCUUCAAAUUAUGAGUCUACUUUGGCAUACUCCUCUUCAAAGUAUAAUGACUUAUCCAACGUUAACGUGACAGACUUGAAUCAGCCAGACUCAAAUGGCAACGUUCAUGAGAAGUGUAAUUCUGAAAAUAUCAAUGUAGGAUACGAGGGAGUUAAAUACAUUGAAGUCAGUAGCGAAGAAGUCGUCGAGAGCUGUGAUGUGGAUAACAUGGUCACAAAUGUACAAGAUGAUCGAGAUUCGUUUGAUCCUUAUGUGUUCAUCAAACAUUUGCCACCUUUAACAGCAGCAAUGAGGGCAAGAUGUCCAGCACUUCCUUUGAAAACAAGAAGCAGUCCAGAAUUCAGUUUGGUUCUAGAUUUGGACGAAACGUUAGUACAUUGCAGUCUGCAAGAGCUAUCAGAUGCAUCAUUUCGUUUUCCAGUUGUUUUCCAAAAUAUUACGUAUACAGUCUUCGUUAGAACAAGACCAUUCUUCCGCGAGUUUCUCGAGCACGUGUCUUCAUUGUAUGAAGUAAUCCUAUUUACAGCCAGUAAGCGUGUCUACGCGAACAAAUUGAUGAAUUUGUUGGAUCCUACGAGAAAGCUGAUCAAGUACCGGUUGUUUCGUGAGCAUUGUGUGUGCGUGAAUGGCAAUUAUAUUAAGGAUUUGUCUAUUCUGGGAAGGGACUUAUCAAAAACUGUGAUCAUUGAUAAUAGUCCACAAGCAUUUGGAUACCAGCUGGAAAAUGGUAUUCCAAUUGAAAGUUGGUUCGCAGAUCGAUCGGACAGCGAAUUAAUGAAACUGGUACCAUUUUUGGAAAACUUAGUACAUUGGGGAGGAGACGUUCGACCGCGAAUCAGGGAACAGUUUCGGCUCUUCAGUUUUUUACCAUCAGAUUAAUUAUAAGAUAGCAGCAUAAAUGUGUCGACUACAUUGUGAAUGAAGAUUUUUCAUUCCGAUGUAGUUCGAUAAUAAGUCGUUCACAUACGUUAAAUAUAGUAAUAUAUAGGCGGUCCUGUUAUGAAAGCACACUUCUGCCCUACGCGUAUGAUUGGCGAUAACGUUUGGAUAAUCGUGCGAAUGAUAUGAAGUUAAAAUUACUAUUGAAAGCCCAGAUGGCUUAAAGUAUAUCUAUAUACAUGUACGUAUAUAUAUAUAUACACUAAAAUAUCCUGUAAGUGAAUCAUGGUAUUAAAUGUAUUUGAAAUUUUCAGUAACUAAUUUAGAAAUUACUGAAGAUUUCUUGUUUAAUAGAAAUUUCCAUGUUCCAUUUACAUGAUUGUUUUUCACUUCUUUUUUAUUUUAUUUUAUUUUUUGCCUUAAAACGAGGAAUUAAUUGAUUUUCCUUUUUUACUUUAAUAUUCUUGUACUUGCACUCAACGGUCGAUUCGAGAAAAGUCACAAAUUUUAUAUUUUUCAAAGACUUUUAGAUUAAAUAUUUAAAUCAUUUUAGUAGUUUUAUAUUUCAUAUCUAUAUUAGUUAUAAAUUGUUAUAACGUUGUACAUAGAUUAAUGCCUUUCCAAGUAUUGAGGCGCUUCUACUUUUUUUACAUUGAUUGUAUUAGUGAAUAUGAAAUCCUAUUGAUUCAUAGUUGGAAAUCAUGUUGAACGUUUAUGCAGUGGAAUGUUUUGGAAAAACAAGUUGAAUGUCAAAACCGCAAAUGAAUUAAUGCCAAGUAAUGAAAUUUUGUAGUAAUUUUUGGUUUCAUAUUUUUUACGUUUUUUAUAACUUUAUUUUAUGGCCAUUUAUUAUUAUUUUCAAGUAACAAAAUCUUUGAAUGAAAUUUCAUCGAAAGUUACAUUUUACUGUACAAGUGCACAACUUUUUGUGUUUAAUAGACUUUUUAAUUGAAAGAUAUCGUUUUAAAUUUCAUAAAAUCGUAGUUUAUUUGUCUACGAUGACAUCCAUUUAUUAAUGUUAAUAAAACUCCGUUUGCUAGUCUCCCACACUAGCGCGCUAACAACGGAGAAUGUUACAAGCGUUAAAAUUUACUAAACCACACUGAAAAAAUGAUAUGCCUUAAGUACAAAAAUAAGAUUUAAAUCUAAUACGUAAUACAUAAUGUAGUUAUUACGAUCAAAAUUAAGAUUUUAAUACAUUUAAAUCGAUUGAACUUUCAUAUUUUGGUAUGAUACAAAUUUUAGUGAUUCCAUGAAAAGAAAUAAAUCAUAUUUAUGAAGCCCAUCAGGCUUUACAAGACCAAGUAAUACUUUUUGUUACGAAAAUAAAUGAAAUUGAAAAAUAUUUACAAUAUACACGAUAGCAUACGCUAUCUGUUUUAUAAACUUUAUAAAUUUGAUAAUUACGUUUUAUAAGGCCAAUUUUUUUAACAAUUACUUUUAAUUUGUUCCACAUUUUAAUCAGUAU